UGGGGAGGGGAGGGGAGGGGAGGGGAUGAGGGAUCAGAAAUUUAAGGAUUGCUGACAUGACGGCCAUGAACUCCCAAACACUGUUGUUACCAUCAUUUACGCUUCAUUCACUCACAUUUAGUCAUCCAAUCUGAGACCAAUUAUUCCCGUGGAGUACCCCCAGAUCGCGCAAAUUCGUCGUCGACUCAUCGAAAACAAUAUGUAACCCAACCUCGUUUCUAUGAACAUCGAGUGUCGAAUGAAUGAGGACAAAUCUUUCUUCGUCCGGUUUGCUAAUAUGCGAUGUUCAUGAGCUACCAAUAUAUUCAAUGCCGGAAAUUCGUACACAUGGAAUGACCCCGCUCCUAAAUGGUUGGAACAGAGCGAAACAUGUCCGUCACUCUGAACGACUGUAGCUGGUAUCACGGACGGAUCACCCGUGAUCAAGCCAUCGACAUCUUGCUCCAAAAUGGACGGAAAGAGGGGCUAUUCCUUGUGAGAAACAAAGCUGGGGCUGAAGACAACUUUGUGUUGUCGUUAUGGCAUGCGAAUCAAGCGCUUCAUUUCCAGAUACAGUGUCGAGGAGGUAUUUAUUAUUCUAUCGAUGAUGGUCCCAUUUUUGAAGGGCUGGAUUCGCUGAUUGAGUACUACAAAGAACAGGCAGACGGUCUCCCGAUCAGACUUUCGCAGUUUUGCAAGGGGAAUCCGCCCCCUACGUCAUGUAGAAAACAUGGAGUGACAACUCCUCUUCAUCUUGCGUGUGCAGAGGGGAAUCUUAAUUUAGUGUCGGGUUUGUUGACUGGAGGAAAUCAGUCCGAUGUGAGCACAAGAAAUGAACAGGGGGUAACACCACUCCACGAAGCUGCAUUUCGAGGACAUCAAGACAUUGUUUUGCUCUUGUUAAAACAUGGUGCGGAGACGAAGUGUAAAGACGAUAACGGGAACACGCCGUUGCAGGUAAAAUUGACCACUUUGAAAGCUAAUUACCAAGAAUCGAGUUUCGUCAUAAAGCUCACUUCCUGUGAGCGAUUGUCUUGGCGGAAAUCCACACUGAAUCAAUUUGGUAUCAUGGUCAUAUGACUUGUGGGUUCCAUCCGUUUUGUCUGAGAAAUACACAUGCAGAAUCAAUGAGUCUUUAUACAUGUAAUUUACCCGUAAGAUAUACUAUUUAAGCUUAUCUUACCCCAAGUAAAGCAUUUUGGAAUUUGUAAUGUUCAGAGGUCAGUUCAGAUCAGGAUUUAUGUAAAAUAUGUGAUCAAAGCUCAAGGUAUUAAAAUUCAGUGAACCAUGGAGCAAGGUAGAGACCCUGCAAGACAGAGGUUCCCUUCUCUUUCUGCUUGGUGAAAGUUGAGAGGGAACCUCUGCUUACAACCAUGUGAUUUCCUAUCGUGCAUGCAUGAACUAAAUCAGAAUGCCUCAUGUGUCAUGAAUGCUAUGCCGUGGGAAAUGUGUUCACGCAAUCAAAUUUUUUGUU